CGCGCAGUGGGCUGGAGCAGGCGCCAUUUUGUGGCGAGUCGGCUGCGCGGUCUCUUUUGUGUGCGGCGGUGACCGGAGGAGCGGCAACGAUGGCGCAGGAAGAAGGCAAUCAGUCACCCGAUGGUUCCAUGCUCUGCCCCACAGAGCCCCUGAGCCGGCUUACUGCCUCCCACACUGAUCUGGAUGGCUGCAUGGAGCGUGAAAUCUUUUCUAACUUGGAACAAACAGUUGAAGAGAAAGAGCCAGAAGUUCCCGAAAAGGAAGAAGACUUUGUUGUACGAGUACGUGGUUUGCCUUGGUCAUGUACACCAGAGGAAGUAGCCCGUUUCUUUUCAGAGUGUGAUAUUCGUAAUGGAUUGCGAGGUGUGCAGUUCACUGUCUCUAAAGAUGGUCGUCCAAGUGGUGAAGCCUAUGUGCAUCUGGCUACUGCUGAAGACUUUAAAAAAGCCUUGGCUAAAGACAGAAAGUACAUGGGCCACAGAUACAUUGAAGUUUUCAAAUCUAAUGGCAGUGAGAUGGACUGGGUUAUGAAGCACAGUGGUACCAAUCAUUCUGAUACAUCCAAUGAUGGCACAGUACGACUCCGAGGACUUCCAUUUGGCUGCAGCAAAGAGGAAAUUGUUCAGUUUUUCACAGGGUUGGAAAUCGUGCCAAAUGGGAUAACUUUGCCGAUGGACUACCAGGGGAGAAGCACAGGGGAGGCCUUCGUGCAGUUUGCUUCAAAGGAGAUAGCAGAAAAAGCACUGGGGAAACACAAGGAAAGAAUAGGGCACAGGUAUAUUGAGAUAUUUAAAAGCAGCAGAAGUGAGGUCAGGGCAUACUAUGAUCCACCGAAGAGGCUGAUGGGACAGAGACCAGGCCCAUAUGACCGGCCAAUGGGACGAGGUGGUUACCUUGGUGGUCCCCAGCGAGGAGGUGUCUACGAUCGAAUGCGCAGAGGUGGAGGCUAUGGUGGUGGAUAUGGUGGGUAUGAUGAUUACAAUGGAUAUGACAACUAUGGUUAUGGUGGCGACGAAUAUGAUGGGCCAAUGAGGGGCAACAGAGGAAUGGGUAACCAGGGAUACGGAGGAGCUGGAGACGCUGGCUCAAGCUACCUGAGUGGACACUUUGUGCAUAUGCGGGGUCUACCCUUCAGGGCUACAGAGGAUGAUGUUGCUCAUUUCUUUUCCCCUCUGAAUCCUCUUCGUAUUCACCUGGAGUAUGGAAAUGAUGGUCGAGCUACAGGGGAAGCUGAUGUUGAAUUUGCAACGCACGAGGAUGCUGUGGCCGCCAUGUCUAAGGAUAAAGCUCAUAUGCAGCAUCGCUAUAUUGAACUGUUCUUGAACUCUACUGCCGGGGGAGGCUCUGGUGGCUAUGGUGGUAACUAUGGAGGCCAUGGAAUGGACUCCUAUCUUGUAGGAAACCAGGGAGGUUAUGGUGGCUCUGGGAACCACGGGAUGUCCGGUAAUUACGGAGCUGGUUAUGGGAAUCAGGGCGGCAUGGGAUCUUAUGGAGUUGUUAGCCCUGAGCUGAACCUCUGAACAUGGAGAUCUGAUGGACCACCCUUAGUCUGGCUACCUUUUGACCUUUUCAGCAUGUGUGACUGUACCAAGAACCAAAACUCCAGCCAACAUAGUUCUCCAGGUCAUUGAGGCAUGCAAGCCUCCUAACUAUAAGAUUGUGGUCCUCUUGGAGGGUCCUUCGGAAUAUCCACUGGCCUAUAUGCUUUAAGCAUUUAUUGACCAAUGGAACAGUCAAUUCUCCUGCACCUAAUCUGUAGCCAACCUCCCACAAAGUCUGAGAGGACAAAUUGCCAAGCACUCGGGACUUAUCCACGCUGAUUUAUCUCUGGUAAUCUGGAAACGGUCCAUGGCCUCACUUAGAUUUCUUGCACAUUUAUUCUACCAGGAACAUAAAAACUACUCUCAAUUUCACUUUUGAUACGAAGUAUCCCUUUGCCAGAAGACUCUGUAUCCCAAUACACACCUGCCAGGUUCUUUCUGCAUUCAAAAUUGAUCUUGAACUAAAGGAAUUGUGAUCACUAUAUCUAAAGAUAAACCACACUUUUGCCCUACACCUGCCGUUUGAAUUUGUUUCUUAUAAUUGAUCUUUCUGAUACUUGAGGCUACCUGAUUAAAUUUUGAUUUGAAAGCUUUA